UAUUGACACGACUACUCCAGGAUCAGGAAUCAAUCGCAUUAUUGCACCAAACAGAAGCAAAGCUCAUUGCAGAGGUUGCUGGACGUCGGUAUCAAGCAAAUUAAGCAGCGAUCCAACUAUUCGCUGUUAAGAGAGUUGCCUGAUGUUGGAAUCGGGAAUAAGAGGGGUAUUCUUCCGUUGGCGGAGUGUGGAUCAAUCUACGCCUAAUCAAAUGCAUCUUGGCAGUGGCACGCCGAGCAAUUGACGAGUAAGUUGCGUCGAGAACAAAAAGGUAAGAGUUGUACAGAAUGUAGUAUUUAGGUUUCAUAGCUCCUCCGAUUCGCAAGAUUUCCUUGUCAGCUUCUUCCCCAUAUCCUGUUUGACCCACUUAUCUUGGAUCUCGUAGACAUGCCCACCAUGCGAUCUUGGGGUAUUGUUGCUACGCUAGUAGCGUUGUCGACUACAGGGCAGUCGAAGGAGAUCUACGUUUCGCCAACCGGUACUGGUACAGGCACUUCUACGGCCCCAUACGGUUCGAUUCAAUCCGCUGUAAAUGCUGCUGUCGCUGGCGAUGUCAUCUACCUCCGCGCUGGUACAUAUGCGCCGACUGCGAACAUCCAAAUCACAAAGAGCGGCACCCUAACACAACCGAUCACUCUAAGGUCUUAUGGAAAAGAAAAGGUGAUUCUCGACGGCGAGAACAUGCCAGGUACUCCUUAUGCAUUGGACGUGUCUCUUCCGAACAAAGAGCGAGGCAUCUUGCAUAUUGAGGGCGGAAAUUACUGGAAGUUCUACAACUUGGAGCUGAUCAACGGUCCCUAUGGAAUCUACGCGCGCGAUUCAUCCCACGGUUACUACGAGCUGCUAUCUACCCACGACAAUUACGAGACUGGAUUCCAAUUGCAAGGAACCGCCUCGAAUAACACAGUCAUCUACUUGGACUCAUACCGCAACCGUGAUCCCCGCAAGAACGGAGAGAGCGCUGACGGUUUCGCGUGCAAGGAAGGCUCUGGUGAAGGUAAUGUGCUUCGAAACGCCCGACUGUGGGACAACGUCGAUGAUGGCCUGGAUCUCUACAUGUUCGGAUCUGCUGUCACGAUAGAGGAGGUAUACGCAUGGGGUAAUGGAGUCAAUCGCUGGGGCUUCACUUCUUUCGAAGGCGAUGGCAACGGUUUCAAGCUGGGCAUUACGGAUAAUCCGCCCGCAAACCACAUCGUCCGUAACUCCAUGGCAUUUUCGAACGCAAAGAAGGGCUUCAUUGACAACGGCAACCCGGGAUCGUUGACCAUUGAGCGAAACACAGCGUGGAACAACGGCGAUAUUGGAUUCCACAUGCGCAGCUCGUCUUCCACCUUGACGGCUAACAUCGCUGUUGCCAACGUGGGCAGCCAAGCAACGCUUGUCUCAACGGUCAAGGCCUCUGGAAACUCCUGGAACUCCGGCACUUGGUCUAACAGCUCAUUCAAGAGCAUCGAUCCCGCGACGCUGAAGGGAGCUAGAGGCUCAGACGGAAGGGUCCCGGCAAGUGACUUUUUGAUUCCCACCUCGGGUGCGGCUAUCGGCGCGACCACAAGGGCUGAUGUUUGAGAGUUGCAUGUUGCAAUCGUUCUCAGUUCUUAUCGUGAAUGUCUCUUAGCGACAUCCUUACUGUGAUAUAAAUAGACAUUAUCG